AUGUUAUUGCAGAUUACCUAUCACAACAAAGCUACUCAGACUGAGACUCAGAAAGAAGAUACAAUUGAAAAGAUACUCAAAGCCAUUACUACACUUUGUACAAAAGUGGAUAGUAUGGACAACAAGAUACAAAAGCUAAAGACUAAUGAAGAUAAUCAGAAGUCUAAAGCCAAUAUAAGUCAGCAGCAUUACUAUAAAAAUGCGAAGCUAUGUCGAUCGGAAGACAGAAAAAAUACAGAGCUAAAAGGUGACGUUGGGAAACACCUAAAAACCCAUAACAUUUGUUUAAAUACAGCUGCAGGUACAAGCCAACGAGUUAGUGAAAAACAUAAGAACUCAAACUUAAACCAGUUAUUCGAAAAACCAUUUACCCCGAGGCUAACACCAAAAAUCACAUUUACUAUAGAACCACAGACUUCUACAUACGCAGAUAGCCUACACCAUGACAAAAGAACAUAUAACCAUAUUACGCGAACCUAUAUAGAAAAUAUAUAUAAAAUCCAAACAUUUUUAAACCUUAAACCCAGAUCUACUACAACCCAAGAACCCAACCAGGAUUAUUUAACUCAAAAAUUACAAG